AUGACGCGUCUUCGCUUUCAGGGCUUGUGUCCGUAUCCCCCUGAGGACAAGGUGGAUGACUGGGGUCUCACGCUCGAACAGCAGGAGUCACAUGUGGAGCAGUUCCGGCAGCUGCUGGAGCAGCGGGGCUGCUGGCGCAAAGACGACCACGACUACUACACGCUCCUCCGCUUUGUGCGCGCGCGCAACUACGAGCUUGACAAGGCGUUCAAAAUGUGGAGCGACAGCCUGGCCUGGCGGAAGGAGUUUGACGUUGACGCUAUCCUGGACAACUUUGUGUUCCACGAGCGGGAGCAGUUCCUCAUGGCAUACCCGCAAGGGUACCACAAAACGGACAAGCUGGGCCGCCCCAUCUACAUCCAGCUGCUGGGCAAGAUCGACAUCACAACGCUCAAGAAGAUCACCACUGAGGAGCGCAUGGUCAAGUUCCACAUACAGGAGUAUGAGCGCUGCGGGCAGUUCAUCUUCCCGGUGUGUUCGCGCAUCGCGGGGCGCCAGAUCGACCAAACGUUUGGCAUCAUGGACGUCAAGGGGCGUUGUCCGUGCAUGUUGUGA